GGUCGGUCAACAAUUCACAAAGGGUUCAAGUGACGCAAGCAAUGACAACAUCUAAGUCGACCAUCCAAUGAUAUUGCGCCACGUAAAUAUCCAGCUGGCUGCGGUCAGCGUAGAAAAGAAAACGGUCGGUUUUGCCGCACGUGCUUGAAAAUCCCCUCGUGUCAUCUUUUUUCUGUUUUUUGUGUUUUUUUCAAUUUAAUUAAUUAAAAAUAUCGGCGAUUUUCGUCCUUAUAAAACCUUCGUCGCCUCACUCACAUAUCCUCGAUUACAAUCCUGAGCAGACGAAGAAAACCAAAAACCCAGAUCCAGCUGAAAUUGAAUUUUCAACCAAAGAAGAAGUAUUUUUUCGAAGAGCAACAGAGAAGAAGAAGAGAAUGAAGGCGGAGCUUAAUUUACCGGCUGGGUUCCGAUUCCAUCCAACGGACGAGGAGCUUGUGAAAUUCUACUUGUGCCGGAAAUGUGCUUCCGAGCAGAUCUCGGCUCCGGUUAUCGCCGAGAUUGAUCUGUACAAGUUCAAUCCUUGGGAGCUUCCAGACAUGUCUCUGUACGGAGAAAAAGAGUGGUACUUCUUCUCACCUAGAGAUCGGAAAUACCCAAACGGUUCGCGUCCAAACCGGGCAGCAGGAACCGGUUAUUGGAAAGCUACCGGAGCAGAUAAACCCAUCGGUAAACCGAAGACGUUGGGUAUCAAGAAAGCACUCGUCUUCUACGCUGGGAAAGCUCCAAAAGGGAUUAAGACCAAUUGGAUAAUGCAUGAGUAUCGUCUCGCUAAUGUCGAUAGAUCAGCUUCUGUUAACAAAAAGAACAACCUACGACUUGAUGAUUGGGUUUUAUGUCGAAUAUACAACAAGAAAGGAACCAUGGAGAAGUAUUUCCCCGCGGAUGAGAAACCGAGGACGACGACAGUGGCUGAACAGUCAUCAUCGCCUUUUGAUACAUCGGACUCGACUUACCCGACAUUGCAAGAGGAUGAUUCCAGCAGCUCAGGUGGUCACGGUCACGUGGUGUCACCGGACGUUUUGGAGGUUCAGAGCGAGCCUAAAUGGGGAGAGCUUGAGGAUGCUUUGGAAGCUUUUGAUACUUCCAUGUUUGGUGGUUCCAUGGAGUUGUUACAGCCUGACGCUUUUGUCCCUCAGUUCUUGUAUCAGUCUGAUUAUUUCACUUCCUUCCAGGAUCCGCCAGAGCAGAAACCAUUCUUGAAUUGGAGUUUUGCUCCACAGGGGUAAAAACGGAAGAGAUUAAAAAAAGAUGUUUGCUUGUACUGUGCCAGAGAGAAGAGUCUCAUCUCAACUCAUCCCUGGUUCUUAGUAGUAUAAAAGGAUUGUAGAAUGUUAAUAGGUUUUAGCAUCAAUGCCUCAUUAGCAGGCACAUUCUUGUUCUUUCAUGAGAAAUUUAUAUGAAAACUAAAAAUUUAUAUUCAAAUUCUUCAAGAUGUUGCACUUAUGUAGAUACUGAUAUUAAAUAACAACCUAACCUUUAUAA